UUGGUAAAACGCACAACUCGUGGCAUCGUUCAGGACUUAUGUUGGAGGACUAUGCCAGUUUGUGUGAAGAAUAUUCCAAUCAUCAGAUAACACAUCAACAACAACAAGUCAUUGAUUUUUCACCGUUUGAAGAAGACCCGUCAGAAAUUAACCAACAUGAAACUCUUGACGCUUUAGCGGAGAUGUACUCAUUACUAAAUGAAGAAGACAUGUGGGCUGGUCUGUGGCAGCAGCGCUGUCGGUAUCCUGAGACAGCCACUGCUAUCGCGUAUGAGACCCAGGGCUUCUAUGAACAGGCACAGUCUGCUUACGAAGUGGUGAUGAGCAAGGCCCGUGAGGAACAUAACCGCGCCCCAGCUAAUCCGCAACUAACAUCAGAGUACAAUCUGUGGGAGGAGCACUGGGUCAGUUGUUCUAAAGAGCUCGGUCAAUGGGAUUUGCUGAUGGAGUUCGGAAAGACUAAGGGCCACACUAAUCCUUUCCUGGUUCUAGAGAGUGCAUGGAGAGUCCCUGAGUGGCAAUCAAUGAAAGAAGCUCUUGCACAGGUUGAAGUCAACUUCCCGGAAUCAAUCGCGUACAAGUUGAACUUAUAUCGAGGUUACAUAGCUAUUUGCCAUCCGGAUGAACAACACCUUAACAUGGUCGACAAACUUGUAGAGCAUUCCACAACUCAAGCAAUUCGCCAAUGGAGGCGCUUACCUCCGAUUAUUUCACAGCAACACAUUCCACUCCUACAGGCGGCGCAACAAAUUAUGGAGCUUCAAGAAGCUGCUCAGAUUCACACGGGUCUACAACCGCCGAAUGUUGGACGAUCGACUAGUCUACAUGAUAUGAAGGCUAUUGUGAAAACAUGGCGUAAUCGCCUCCCCAUGCCGUCGGACAAUUUAUCUCACUGGAGUGACAUCUUUAUGUGGAGACAUCAUCACUAUCAGGCAAUUGUAGCAGCUUAUGAAAGUCAAGCGCAACAUGAACAGCAGAGUAACCACUCCAUGCUUGGUGUUCACGCCUCCGCUUGGGCCAUCAUUCAUUAUGGUUACAUAGCCAGGAAACAAGGCCUCACUGGAGUGUGUUUGGACUCGCUCAGCAGGAUUCACACUAUUCCCAGUGUUCCUAUCGUGGAUUGUUUCCAGAAGAUUAGACAGCAGGUGAAGUGUUAUCUGCAGAUGGCUGGCGGAAUGGGAAAACAAGAGUUGCAAGAGGGCCUUGAGGUCAUCGAGUCUACAAAUCUGAAAUACUUUUCCAAGGAAAUGACUGCAGAGUUCUUUGCUCUCAAAGGAAUGUUCCUCGCUUACAUUGGAAGGUCUGAAGAUGCUAACAAAGCUUUCUCGCAAGCGGUUCAGAUGCAGGACUCGCUUGUGAAAGCCUGGGCACUAUGGGGUGACUACCUUGAUGGUCUUUUUGUUCUAGAGAGGAACAUACAGCUUGGUGUAUCCGCCAUUGUUUGUUAUCUUCACGCCUGCAGACACCAAAACGAGGCCAAGUGUCGCAAGUAUUUGGCGCGAACAAUUUGGUUGAUGACGUAUGAUGACGAAAAGGGCUCGAUCGCUGAAGCAGUUGACAAAUAUUGUGUCGGUGUCCCCCCGGUUCACUGGCUUCCCUGGAUUCCCCAGCUGCUCACGUGUUUGGUUCGACGUGAAGGUCAAAAGAUAUUAAACCUUCUGUGUAAUAUUGGUCGAGUUUAUCCUCAGGCCAUGUACUUUCCAAUUAGAACCUUGUAUCUUACCUGCAAGAUUGAGCAACGGGAGAGACAUAAAAUGGAGGCAGCGAACAUAACAACCCAGCGGUCUUCUACUUCAGGCAGCAACAGUACCGCCUCCUCAGAAUCACAAAACGCGUCUUCAGCUACCCCUAAAACCAGUGCAACCGGUUCAGAAACAGGACAGACUGGUACCACAGCCUCGUCAACGAGUAAAAGUGCUGGUUCAACGCCAACAAGCGCUGCACCAGAAAAUGCGGCAAGUUCAACAGCCACACCGACAACGCCAUCAACACCCACCCCGAUGCCUACAACAACUACCUCUGAACAGGCUACAGCUUCGACUGCAGGCUCAGCGACCACUUCUACAACUGCUGGCUCCACGACACCAACUACAGUCACCACCAACUUAGCAGUCAUAGUGACCCAGGGCGAUAAGCAGCCACGGGCCCUGAGGUGUAAGUGGCCAGAAGAUAAUGUACUUUUUGAGUGGGAUUCACAUCCGGAAUCCUCCUCUCAGCCUCUGAAGAGAGAGAUCAGGUACAUAUUCAUGUCGUACCAUAUACCUAUUGCAAGGAUCUUCUUCCAACCCUCCUCACGGCCCCCAGAAAGAGAGCUGCUUGAUACAUGUGCCUAUUUAUCAGUACUUUUUGAGGCACUUUCAUCCAACUCUGCCUCUGUAGCCCGUGAAUCAACUAGGUCCAAGUGUCUUCUAAGCACUUUGAUCGGCAAACUGAAGAAAUGGAUCAAGACCUGGGCAAAGAGCAAAUCUCUUCCCAAGCUCUUUUCUUUGGAGGAGAGAUGUCGAUUCCUCAGUAAUUUCACGACUCCUACAGCAGAAGUGAGCUUCCAUGGCGAGUUUUUGAUGCCCAAGUCGCCACG